AUGUUUAUUACGGAUCUACAUAUCCGUACGGAUAGUUGGCUAGCAAUGGACACACAAUUACAUGACUGGCGUAUGUACUAUACGUUUGGGUACGCUAUGAGUCGGUUCGAGCCCCAAGUGGUCAUCGUUUUGGGCGAUCUGUUCGAUACCGGCUAUACGUCCACUGAUAGCCAAUUCGAUGAAUUGACCAGAAAAUUUCAUCGAAUAUUUACAUAUCGAUUUGAUUGGGCAUUCAACGGCUCAAGUGUCCAAUGGUUGCCGAUAAAUGGCAUCGAUUUUGUUGCCAUCAAUAGUAUAACAAUGGAUGGCGACGACGACAAUGGAUGUCCACUGUGUCCGCCAAUGGCCACCAGACAACAGUUGCGUACAUUAGCCGAACAAUUAUGUCGUCGCCGACAAUCGGUAAACAACAAUAACAUUACCGACAAUUGUCACAAACAUCGACAGUGGCGGCGGCGGCGGCCUAUUGUACUGACACACUAUCCGUUAUAUCGGCAAAAUGAGGCCCAAUGUGGCCACGAUUGGGAUUCAAUACCCGAUGACCAGCGAUACAUACCGUAUCGGACAAAACUUGACUGUCUAUCCCGGACGGCCAGCCAGGCUAUUGUCGACGGGUUAGGUCCGCGACUCGUAGUCAACGGUCAUACACACUAUGACUGCCGAUUGAGGCACUGGUCGGACACAUUGGCCGUCGAGGUAGACGAAUGGACAGUUGCAUCGUUUAACUACCGAAAUCUAUAUACGCCGACUAUAUUGUUGGCCACUAUUACUGCCGACAGCUAUUCAAUCCGAAAAUGUUUAUUAGUUAACGAAAAUAAAUAG